GAAAGCUUGAAGUUCUUCUUCCUCAUCGGAAAACAAACAAAGAAUGAUGAAUAUUUACGACGAUGAAUCUCUGAAGCAAGAAGUAAUCUACCUUCACUCCCUCUGGCAUCAAGGUCCUCCUACCCGAAAACCAAUCCCUAGCCCUAAUUUCAACCUGAUUCACGACCCGAUUCAACGACCCAGACCGAAUUACAUCCCGCCGUCUGAUUUGCAACUUCUCUCUCGCUAUGGAGCUGUUACUCCACAGAUCAUAUCCAGAAACCCUAAUAAUCCUCAAAAUCUCUACAAUAACAACAAACGUCCUAGGCCUGAUUCGGGUCGAGAAUGGCCCGUCAAUGACGUGCCUCAGCCUCCUUCUACGGGAUCUGGAUGGCCGGAAUACAGGCCGUGUAAAAAGACUCGACCUAUUUCGGCCGAGGAGAAAGAGAAAUUGGCGGCGAAUAUGCUUCAGAGAGAUAUCCAUCGCACCUGUCGCGAGUUCUUCGGUCGAAAAUCCGGUGAAGAAGAUAGCUCAGUCGCCGGAGGAGAUGAAUCGGAAAUCGAUGAAGGAGACGAAGAUCAGUCUUUGGAGAAAGAAGAAUCUUCUUCUUCCAAGGAGUUUCAGUUUCUAUCGAGAGUUUUUGAAGAGAAUGUGAAGUUGAAGGAAUACUAUGAGAAGAACACUGGGAAUGGAGAGUUUUGGUGUUUGGUUUGUGGUGGCAUUGGAGAGAAAAGUUGUAGGAAGUUCAAGAGCUGCUUAGCUUUAAUUCAGCAUUCACUUACUAUUCACAAGACGGAUUUGAAAAUUCAGCAUAGAGCUCUCGCUCAAGUUGUCUGCAAUGUUCUUGGCUGGGACGUUAACAAUCCAGUUGUUUCUAGCCAAAAAGAUUCUCAGACGGUUGUGGAAGGUGCAUCUGAGCCGCCUUCAGACUCGAAGAUUCCUCAGGAGAAACAACAGGUCAUGUCGGUUGAAGAACACGCAAAGGCUGCGGUGUUACAAAUGCAACAGAAUGCAUCAGAAGCUUUGAAAGACAUUUUUGUCAAGGAUGGUACUGGUGCAGCUGAUGGAACUGAGGAGAACGGUGAUGAGAAUCUGUCUGAGGAGUUGGAGUUAAUAUCUAAAGUCUUCUCCGAGAAUGUUGAGCUCAAGAGUUACUAUGAGAAAAACUAUGAAGGUGGAGCUUUUAUCUGUCUGGUGUGUUGUGCUGCGACUGAUAAGAAGAUGUUAAAAAGAUUCAAACACUGUUAUGGAGUUGUUCAACAUUGUACUAAAGUACCAAAAAUGAAAAUACGAGCUCACAAGGUUUUCGCUCAGUUUGUCUGUGAACUACUUGGCUGGGAUUUUGAGCUUCUACCACGUAGAGUAAUGAAAGGCGUUGCUUCUCUUGCUAUAUCUAAUGCUAACGAGAACAAUGAGAACACAUCAUCCAUGGUCGAGGAACAUAUGUGCGAAGAUAAAGCUGGUAACCCACAGGACAACAAUGAGGCUGAGGCAUGCGUUGGUUAGUGUACAUGUCUACAUGAUUACAUCUAAUUUCAGUUUUUGAUAUAGAACCUUGGUUAGUGCUUUCAGACAUUUUAAGCUGCUUGAUGAUUUUUUUUAAAGUUUGAUGCAAUUAACCAGUAUAUAUGUUUUGUCUACGCCGCAGAGGCUUAAUCAUAUUGUUUCUCUUCUACGUAUUCAAUUGAAGAGUCAAAGACUCAAGAGGCACAAAGUUAUGUAUAUGGAAGGCACUAAAUCUUCAGGUACUAUUAUUUAGUUUUCGGCAUGUUAUCAAACUUCUCACGACUUGGUAAUGGAGUCAUCAAUGACAAUAUGUAUUAGUGUACUCAACUUUUGAUUCUGAAUUUUGAUUAGUUAAAAAUAUUCUGUUCUUUUCUCACUGAGAAUUUU